AUGAGUGAUGCCAAAUUCAUCAUAUAUUACGGUGGGAAGUUUGUGAGGAGCGAAAAUGGCGUCCUUGCUUAUUAUGGUGGCUCCGUUCAUGAGCACUUUUCACCGGCGAAAGAAUUGUUCAACGGAUUACCGGAGGGAUUGUACAGACAAAGAGUGUGGUACAAAUUGCCAUAUGAAGACAAAAGUGAGUUAAAGAUUUUGUGUGAGGGUUUAGAUAAUUUUGAGAGGAUGUGUGAAGCGGCUAAGUGGACUUCUAUGGUAGAGGUUUAUAUGGAACGUGAUGAAGAUUAUGAAGAGAAUGAUGGCAUUGAUAAUGAGGAAGGAAGAGAUGCUGGAAAUGAGAUAGAGAGAGAGGCUGCAAAUUAG